CCGCCAUUUUGAACCUAGCGCGCGGAAGAUGAACACAUGCGUAGUACGUUAAUUAUGACGCAAAGGUUGUCGGGGACGGCCAUAUUUGUUGAUGGCAACUGCAAACAUUCUGCACAUUUAGGAAGAAAUAUUUUUUCUAAAUAUUAACAGUUUUACAAAAUGCUGCAAGGAGUGCAUCUCGUUGGUGAGGAUGAAGACGACGUCUACGGUGGUUUUAACGAUUACAAUCCAGCCUUUGAUACAGAGGUUAGUCGAAGUUGUUUUCGUGUGAAGCGCCGUUCACCGAGAGAGAUUGUACGAAGUGAUCUGUACUGUGAUUUCGGAAAGUUUUGCGCGAAACUUUACAAAUCCUGGAUUUGAAUACUGGUUAAGAUAAUUUAAAUGCUCAAAUAAUUGAAGUGGUAAAGAGACAGCCACCUCUUUUUUCUCCUUUUGCCUAACGUGGCAGCCAGUUAAACAAAACUGAGACAAGAUCAUGCACAAAUAGGAAUCUUUUACUGGUCCGGCUAGAUUCUGACCCAGACUUUUUAUCUUUGGUCUAAAGCAAAGGUUUAAGCUUUCAACAAAUUCCCUCCCUUUUCUCUGCCGAAAAUCUUAGGCUGCACAAUUUGUACGUGAAAAAAUUGUACUGUCAAUUGCAUUGAGUGUUGCAAGUAAUCUUGCAUUGUUUUGUUCAGGAAACUUAGGCCGCCCUCUCAGCCAGUUAGAUACAAAACUAUCUCAUCAUGAUUCCGUCAAACCUAAUCAGAUUUCGAUUAAAAUUUAUCCAAGUCAUCGAAGCUUGACUGUUCAGAAGGAUUUUUCAUUGGUCAGGAGAUUUGUCCUUUGAAUGGCAAUUUUUUUUUUCGAGUUGACUAAAAUCUGUGUGUGGCCCAACCAACCUAGUGAUCUUCCUCUGUUUUGGUCAUAAGUACUACCAAUGUGCCUGAAAUAAGACUGCAAAGUUUUCAAGGCAUUGAGAUAUAUUGCAAAGUUUACAUUUUAUGUCAAAAGUCCAACCUGUAGAAGUGAAGGAUUUCCACUUGGUUAUGCUUUCAAUAGGAUGUUAGUGGUUAAAAGGUGGUGAUCCAUGUUAGAAGUGACUUCAUCAUAUUACAAAUCAUUGUACUUCAUUAUGAGUGUAUUUACCUUGAUGUUAACAACAUCAUGUUAACCUUUAAUGGGUACAUCAUCAGUUUUCUAGAUGUGCCCCUCUCCUCUCUGAUUACCUGGAAUCAAGACCCUUUUUCUUAUAGAUAAAUUAUCUCUACACUAAUUAUUGUACAUAUAUAUUAAGAUACUGGAGUGGAGGAAAAUAGAAAACAAAAAAAAAUAAAAAAUGAUUCACUGCAAUCUUAAAUACAAUGUUAUUUUUUCUAUUACUUGCAAUGAAUACAAAUGGAUAAACCUUUUUCCUGAGCAGUGCAUUUCUAUUCAUCAACAUAAUCAGCAGUAAUUAAUCAAUAUUAUGUUUUUGUUGAUGAGUAAGAAUCUGUUUGAUAUCUUGUUAAAAGACCCUUGAAAUUAAUUGUUCUGUCAAGCACUGUCUCCAUAUCUAACUGCCAAAAUUGUGCUCUUUCAAGAAUUACCAAGUGCAUUAAGGCUCUUUUCUCAGAAAUCAAGGCUGCCCAGCUCUUGAAAGCAUACAAAUAAGCAAGGAUGGAUUGGGCAAAGACAAAAUUCAUUUCACUUUGGCACUUGUGCUCUGCUUGAGCACAGGCGUGCAUGACAGGUCCAUGUAAAAAUUGUUGUUAAGUAUCUAAAAAUUUAAGAGCACAGCAGUCUUACGAAUAGAGGAUAUAUCAGUUGUCUUAAAUUUCACCCUUAUGCUAAUAGAAUUAAUAUGUGGAACUGUUACCUGUAGUUUGUGUAAUAACUUAACCUUAAUUUCUAUUUUAUUUCAUUAAAUCCUACAAAAUAUUUUCUUUUGGAUUUUUAGAAUCUUGAGGAAGAUGAAGAAUUUCAACAAGCCCUGAAAACAAGUCAUGGACAGAGACCUGGUUUGGUGAGUAUCAAAUUUUGUUGUUGCCUUUCAUUUUGCACUUAAAAGAGUUUGAUACCAGAAAGUCAACCUCCAUAAUUAUAACUUGAAGCAUACAGUUGGUUAUUUUUCUUCUAAAAAAUAGUGUUUCCUCUUACAACUUUGUAUUGUUCAAACUACUUGAACUAAAGAAAUAGGAAAAGAGCUUAGGAGCAUUUUUAUUAAAACGAGAAAGGAUGUUGUGUAUGGGAUUGGUUCACUUUAAAAACUGACUAUGGAUAUAUUUGAUUAUUUUGUAAAUAAAUGUGAGCUGAUCCCAAAUUGUAACAACCUGCUGUAAUAGUGAAGUAAAAAUAUACAUGGUGUGUUUGGUGUACUUACAUAUGAUGUCAAUAUGAAAUUAUUUCAGAUUAGUGCAAUUUGUAUUUUCUGAUGGUUGAGGAUUAUGGUAAUGGACCUUGAACUGUGAAAAAGACAAGUCGAACUACUUUUUGCAGUCAUUUUGAGCUGCAAUUUAUUGUGCAUGGCAGUACAAAUGUUGUGAUCCUAUAUUUUACCUUGUUUAAGAUUUGUAUUUUCUUCCUCAAAUUACAGAAAACUGGCAUGAAAAUAUCCACAUCAGCUGGGGUAUGAUACAACUUAAAUUGCUAUUUUCAAAACCAUCCAAGAACUUAAAGUGUUCCUCAAUUUCACAUAUUGUUAUAAUUUCUCUUAAAUGUACAUUUAGCGAGGGAAGGUGCCAGGAUCUUCAAUGGGACGACCAACAACUGGAAUUGCAGUGAGUUUAUGGUCAUCUUCUCUUGCCUUCUUUUUUUUAUCAGUUAUUUUUGUUUUCCACACAUAAAGGUUAAUUAUUAUUGUCAAGUUGCCUUUAACUGCUAAUGCUCAUCCCUGGUUUGUGUUGCACAGAUUGAAUAUUAGGAUUAUGUUUAGUCCCUCUUAGAUGGUAUGUUAGUCUAUUAAAGAUUCUCUCCAGCACCCCCUCCCAAACAUUUUGUCAGGUUUCCCUUGAAAGUUUGUUGGUAAUUGUUUAUUUUUUCUGGCUUAAGAGGCACUGUGAAGGUGAAGUGUCUUGGCCAUGACCCAGUCAGGACUUGAGCCCAGGCCUCCAUAUCUUGAGUUCAGAGCACUAACCACUAGGCUAAGUUGUAUCUCUCUUAUAUCUUAAGCAUUUGUCAAAGAUUUUGGUUGAAUUUUGAGUGCCAGAUCUCAGAAAUGUCAAUGUUUGUAUUUUUUUCAUUGUUUUUGUACAGUCUAUGUAGUAACAAAACGACCCAGAUUGGGAGAAGAGAUUGAUGUAUAUAGUUUUAACCCUUUCACUCCCACAAGUGACCAAGACAGAAUUUCUCCUUACAAUAUCAAUAUAAUAUCAAGCAGGCAGGUGAUGAGAAUAGAGAAGAAUAUCAAUCAUGGGAUUAUUAGUUGAUCCAAUACCAAAUUCUCAGAACUAACAUUAUAAGAAUUGUACGGCAGAUAGUAAGGAGAAUUACUAAUUAGAUCUUGGGAGUGAAAGGGUCAAAGCAUUUAGUUCUGAAGUACAUGUUUAACUACAAUGUAAACAAUGAACAUUUCACCCUUGAGAAAAAUGACAUUAUGAGAAGAACAAUAUCGUGAGAAUGUAUACCAAUAAUUGAAUUUGCAAAGAAUAAAAAGGAAUAUUGUCUGAUAGCCAAAUACUUUCUAUCUAGGAUACAGGAAUGGCUCGUCCUAUGACUGCAGUGCGUGCAGUGGGUUACACAUCAUCAGAAAGUAAGUACUGAACUACAAGGUCUUGAGGCAGGCUGUAUUCUUUGCAGUGAACACUGUAUCACUGAGUACUAGCAAUACUACUAAAGAACAGUUUGCUUCUACUUUAUAUACUUAUACACUGUAUCUUGCAUGAGUACAAUUGAACCUGUAUUGAGCAGCACCAUACUAAGCAGUCACCUUGUAUUAAACAUUUGGUCAUCAAAAUUCCAAAUUUGUUUCCCCUUAAUCACAGUAAUUUUUACCUCUAUUAAUCAGUCACCUCUAUGAGGCAGUCACAAUCACCUUUGAGUGAGUCCCAACAGCCAGUUUGUAUUUUCUUUCACCUGUUUUGAGCAGUCACUGCAGAACUACUUGAAAAGAACUAAGAUAACCUUUUAAAUAAAAUUUAAUCCAUAUUUCUCUCCUGAAAUCAAUGUCUGUGGUAUUUUUAAGCAAGUUUUUGUACAGUAAAUGGUCAAUUAUGGUAUAAAAUGGUGUUUUUUUAUGGUUUUUCAUAUUACCCCAUAUUCUCCAGAACAUGUAGAAAGCAAUCACCUGCCGUUCCCUGUGGGUGACCACUCAAUACAGGUUUGACUGUAAAUUUUGUUGUCAAGAACAGUUAAGGGUAAAAUUCAUUGCCUAAAUACAUAUAGUAAUCUGUGAACUUUUUCAUGUUUGUAUUGGAAUGAGUAGUAAUUGUUGAUGUUAUUUUAACAUUGCAACUGCUGACAGGGGACUUACUUUACUCUUUGAUUAAAUGCUAGGAUUUGUAUACUAAAUACCUUGUUGCCAAGUUGGAGUUGUGAUAGUUAAUUCAGUAGAAUUAUAGUGCACAUUUUCAUUUUCAAGGUGUAGUUAGUUCAGUAUUAAUGGUGAGAUGUGUGGCUGUCUUAGAUAAUGGAUUUUAACAGUCAUAAAUAAACUUAUUUGCACCCUGUCAACCAGAUUAAGUUUGGAUCGAAUGUCAGUGUAAAAUAUGGCAUAUACUAAUGAAUUGUACUUCGAAAAGAUGAAUGAUGGUAAAAUGCAUUACAGUAACCCUUAACAAUUUUAUUGACCAUGUAUUUACAUGUACUGCCUUACAGAAACAUCCAUGACUGGGGGUGCUCAGUUUGACCCUUUCAACCAAGCACGUUUACCUGCCCCUCCCCUUGAAGGAAAGGCAGAGGAAAGGUUGGUUGUUGAUUCUAUGUAAAGUACGCAUGUAAUAUUUAAGUUCAUAAUUCUAACUCAUCAAUUAGGGGCAACCUUGGUAGGUGCCUCUGAUGAUGGUGGACCCAGGGGCAUACAAGCUUAGUAUUACAUCAACAUAACUGUCACACUGAACAAAGGAAAUUUGGCUGAAAUUGAAAAUGUAUAUUUGCCAGUGAAGGAAGUGAAGGGGAGAGAAUUUUUCUUAAAGAUGUGAAACAACACAGGGAAGUCUUUGCACUAUUAGUGUUGUAAGGCCAUGUACAGGAUUUUCCUCAGAAAGCUGAAUCUGAGAUGACAGUGUCACUCUACAGUAGGGUUAGACCCUCUUAUUUCACAGAAGCAAGGUGAUCUUAUGUGUCACUUACUCUGCUAUGGUAGUGCUCAUAGUUUAAAACAUAAGUGAAACUCUUGCUGGAGACCUUUUUACUUUCUGAGCUCCUAAAUAUAGAUACAGUUAAUCUUUCAUAGUGUUGUUCUGCACUGCAUCAAGUUAGUAGCAAUACUUCAAACCACCAUUGCAUUGAGGUUAAAUUGCCUCAUGUUGGUUUCAUUUUACAGUUAUAUUAAACCCUUUGAAAUGUAGUUCUUAGCGUGAAAUCUGAUUGUUACUGAUUACUACACUCUACUAUAAAUUAUAAAUAUCUCUGCUAUGUACCAUUUUCCAAAAGUAUUCCAGUACAUUGAUUAUUAGUUUGAAAAUUUUGUCAUAAAGAGCAAAUGAUGACACGAGACUUGCUUUAUGAUCAACAGUCCUGAAGAAAAAAUUAAGCAAAUGGAAAAGAAAGUAAAUGAACUGGUUGAAGAGAGCUGCUUUGCUAAUGAUAGAGGAGAAUAUCCCCUGGUAAGUCAAAUGCAUUUUUCAAGAUACUUGUAUAUGUUCUCAACACUUUGAAUUGAAAUCUUCAGAAAUUAUUUUCUAUAUCUUCUACUCUGCUCCUUUAUCCAAGUAUGUAGUGUAAGAAAACACUAAAACAAAGGCUAAGAUUAGAGUAAACUCCAUCUAGGAAUAGAUGAAGUACAAAAUUUUUGUGCUCACAGUUUCAGUGACCUUCGGGAUAAGGUACUGUAAACCUGAAUACAAUGUACAGUUCUGAUUUAUGGGCCAGUCCCAAUGUUUUUGUAUCAUUUAGCAAUUCACAUGUAGGAGGCAAGCACCUUUGAAUAGAAGAUCUAAUACAGCUUCCUACCUUUCCAGAAAAAAAAAAUGGCUUUUGAACCCUUCAGGACACUGCACAUGUCUGGACAAAACUUGGGACAAAUGUUUUCUGAACUGUGGGUAAUUGUUUAAUAGUAGUUGAUGGUAUUAUUCUUAAUUUUUCUCUAAAAAGGCCCUUGAGAAAGCCAAAGAGGCGGGCAGGAAAGAACGUGCCUUAUGUCGUCAGAGGGAACAGUCAUCCCUUGGAGAACAGGUCAAUCUGGAUAUGACUUACUCGGUGAGCACCUUGUCGUAAUUUCAUUUGGAUUAAUUUUCCCUUCAAGGAGAAAGAUGAGGAAAUUUAUAACCUCUACUCCCUACAGUUAACAGUGACUUGUUCUGUAGUCACUUCUGUUAUAAUUAUUUGGUAUAUUUAUCCCUGUAUCAUUUAUAUGCUGUCAUUUAGGUGUUGUUCAAUCUGGCCAAUCAGUAUCAUGCCAACAAACUGUAUGCAGAGGCACUGAACACUUACCAGGUUAUAGUCAAAAACAAGAUGUUUAGCAAUGCAGGUAAACUUCAUUUUGCACAUAUGUUAAGGCUCACUCUUUCCUGUUUUUUUCAGCGUGGUUGAUCAUUAUUAAUCUUUGUCUCAGAUUACAAUGAAUUUGAACCAGACAAGUAAUGUUAUCGUAAUGGAUAUGAUGUAUGCCUCCUUUUGUAUAUGUAAUGUUUAGGCCUAGAAGGUGAGGAAAAUGGUCUCCAGUGUACAUUAACUGUAUGAAUAACUUUGCCUAAUUAUGUGAAUUUAUUUUGUUAUCCUGCACACUGAGAAAAUAUCAUUAUAUUGUUGCUAGUUUUAUUUCAUGAAAAACAUUUUCCUUUAGGACGGUUAAGAGUGAAUAUGGGUAAUAUCUACUGUGAACAAAAGAAAUAUCCCCAGGCAGUGAAACAGUAUAGAAUGGCCUUGGACCAGGUGCCCAACACACACAAGGACAUGAGGUAUGUGAAGGGUACAAGAUCAGAAAACAAUAUCUAGUAGGGGUCAGGUAAAUUUGCAAGCAAUUUUGCUGUUGAUUGUGACUUGAAGAAUCUAAGGAUGAAAUUGAUAAUGCAGCAGUCAUGUUUCAAUAUUUGAAUCAAAUGAAUGCGACUCAAAGGUAACAAAGUAACAUAGACAAAUUACAUGAAGUAUUACAUUUUAUAUUCUAUAGUUUAGUUAAGAAUUUCUAAUUUUUUUAAAGCAAAACCACAGGAAAAGAACAAGUGUCUUAAAUUUUAUUAAAUAUAAUUCUUUCUUAGGAUAAAGAUCAUGCAAAACAUUGGUGUGGCAUUUGUUAAGAUUGGACAGUUUUCAGAUGCUGUUACUUCUUUUGAGCACAUUAUGGGGGAGAAAGCAAGUUUCCAAACAGGUAUGAUUGGCAAAAAUACCUUAAAUCAACACUAAUCAUGAACCAACUCUUAAAAUCUUUGCAUUCAACUUGUCAUGAUAAGUUGACUCAAUCUCUUCACUCAAAGCCGUCUGCAAUAUUGUCUUAAUGAAAGAAUCAUUAGCAUUAUUGGCUUUUGUUUUAAGAGGCACAUACAUUAAAUUGUUUCCUCAAAACUGUAAUUAAGAACCUCAAAAAGUACUUUGAGCAUCUCAAUCCUCAAUUCUCCAUACUCGAGCCUCGAGCCUCCAUUCUUGAUCCUUGAUUCUUGAUAGUUUUAAGUAUGGAGAAUUGAGUUUGGAGUCAAGACUGUCCACUUACUUUUGAGCAGUACUGAAGGGCCAAAGAAGUAGUGCUUCAUAAAUAACAUUUUUUAGUUAUUACAUUUCAUAAGACUGAGAUAUGGAAUAAUCAAACCUGCAAUUAUCAACAUGGUUAUCUUUAAUAUGUGAUAUCUAUGCAUUCAGGAUUCAACUUGCUUUUGUGCUACUAUGCAUUGGGAGACAAAGAAAAAAUGAAGAAGACUUUUCAAAAAUUGCUAACAGUUAGCCUUGGGUUUGAUGACGAGGACAAGUACACUUUGACAGGGGUAAGGAAAACUUGAGUUCACAUAUAUAAUUUUGUAACAAUUAUUAUUUGUGACUUCCUUUUUCAGUCUUACAAAGCUAGAAGAAUUUAUAAGAUAAAUUUUGCUUGUCUGGUGGGAGGAGUGCUUUAUGAGCACUUGUCAACAUUGUCUGAAUCAAAGCCUUCUUAGAUGAAAGGAUGGAUGAAAGUGUUUCACCUUGACUGGGUAGUGAUUUUUAGUUGUUUGCCUCUCCUUCUGCAAUCUUACCAACAGUUGGAUGUUAAGGGUUUACAAAAUAACCAGCCCUGCUGCUAACAAAUGAAUAAAGGGGGUAAGUUUCUAAAGAAACUGUGGUGCAGCAUCAGUGGGAAAGUCUAAAAGGGUAAUUUCGUAUAUUAUCAAAUGAGUUCAUAACAUAACUUUGCCACUGUAAAGAGAAUCAAAACUUAUACAUAGCUUUGAAAUUCUUUACCAUUGCCAAUUUAUGUUAUCACCUCGGUUGACAAUACUAAAUUACUCUGCUGCUCAUAAGACUGGGAUCAGUGACACUUUGCUGGUAAGCUCCUAAUUUAAUGCAUCAUGCAUUUCCUGUGUACAGUUGUAUCUCCACACAGGACCCUGAUCCUAGAAGUAUGCAGGGCACUUGACACAUGAUCAUAGUUUCUGCAUGUGUGCCAAUUUGGAAUAUUUAGAAGUUUAACAUUAUUUUUUUGUUUCAAUCUUUAAGGAUGAUCCUCAGCAAGCAUUGAUUUUGGAAGUAAUAAGAAAUGACAGGCUGCGACAAAUUGAACGUCAAAAGUAUGCUUGACAGUGGUUAAAUUUCUUUGAACUGUGUAUAUCUUGUAGCUGUGGACAAUAAGGGAGAGGUUUAAGGGUGUAGGAUGAACUUUGUAUUAACUGACAGAUUUGUUUGGUACAUAAUUUGACUCUCAAUUAUAAGUGUGGGCAAUCAAUAUUCCAAAUGCAUUGAAUUAUCCUUGGAACUUUUAUUUUUUGGUAGAAAAUUUGUUUUAUUUGGUAGAAAAAGUAAUAAGCAGACAAAGAUCUUAUCUUGAAAAAUUGUUUAAAUUGUGUUGGUCUAGAUUGAAGUUAAUAAAUUGCAAGCUUUUCAUUCCCACACUGUUGUCAAUGAAUAAAUUUCUUAAAAUAUUUUGUUAUUUCUUUUAGGAAAUCCCAAGCAGAUAAAUGCAUUAUGAGUGCUGCUAAACUCAUAUCUCCUGCAAUAGAGAGUAGUUUUGCUGCAGGAUUUGACUGGUAAUGUAGCCAAGAAUGAUUCUGUAAUAAUUUCAGAUUCUACUGAGAUGUCAUAGUUGAUCCAGUUAAACUACACAGUGUACUUGAGCUCAUGUUUUAUUAUGUUUUUUGUACUUAUUAACAAGCCAAGUUAAAGAAAUCAACUUACUCUACUCUGAAACUGAGAAAGUUGUGAAUAACAAAAUAUGUUUGAGGUGUUAUGGUGUUCCAUGGAAAGAGCCAAUCAGUCAUGAAAAAGCUAAACCCUAAACAGCAACAGUAUUUAGUUUGUGGUUCAAAGGGUUGCUCACUUGUUGUGACCUUAGUUAUAUUUGGUCAACACACAAAUGACGACAUAAGAAUCAAAUCUAAGUGUUCAGAGUGUACUGAGUAUCACAGCAAUUGAAAAAAUUGUAUAGAAAGCAAAGUGAAAAUUGAGUUGAUUAAUUGCUUGCUAUUGGCUUUGCAGGUGUAUUGAAUGUGUAAAAGCAUCUCCUUACUUGGAUUUAGCCAAUGAAUUAGAAAUCACCAAGGCAAUCACUUACUUGAAAGAGAAGGAUCUUGCUAAGGUGUGGUUUGGUGGUUAAUAUAAAAUUAACUGUAACUCGGCUUUAUGACUACUCUACAGGUACUAAUUGAAAUACAAUGUUUACCAAAUUGACUUUGUUCACAAAUCAAGUUUUUUUCUGUAAGGGUCACAAUGAGUUUAUUGAUGGCCCUAUAAUAUGUCAAAUUCUCCAGUAGUCAGUUUUGAUUUGAUGUGCUAAAUAAGCUUGUUUAAAACUAAGAAUGGUACUGUCAUUUUAACUUAUGCUUCAUAUUUUGCAUUGAUUGGCCAUUCCAUAAGUUUAACUGCUAAAUGUAGUUCUUGUUGUAUUCUGUAUCAUCUUUUUGUACCUCAUUCACUAAAUUUCUCUAUAAAGGCCAUCGAAAGUCUCAAAGGAUUUGAGAAAAAAGACUCCAAAGUACAAUCCACUGCUGCCACUAACUUGUCCUUCCUAUACUUUCUGGUAAGUUUCAAGUAAAAUAUGAUGGAUUAUGUUUCUAUACUCAUCUGUAAAGAGGCAUCAUAAAUCUAAUUCUGUCUCUGCUUUGGUAAUUAUGGUUGUACAUUUAUACCAGGGUUGAAAUACACCAUAUUCUCUAUUGAACCUGGAAUGUGGUUGGAUAGUCUCAAUGUGUACAGAAAUAUUUAGAAGCAAAGAAGCAGUUAAAGAAGCAGUCAAAUGUGUGAUGGUACAUAUUUCUUAUUUAGGAAAAUGAAGUGUCACAGGCUGACAAGUAUGCAGAACUUGCCAUAACAGCGGAUCGAUAUAACCCUGCUGGUAGGUUGGCACCCACACAUCAUAAAGAGUUUGUAUGUUUAAUGUGAAGCAAUGUAUAUAGGAGAUGCUAAAAAUUGAGUUAUAGUUAAAUUUGUCAAUACAGUAAGGGCACUGUAACUCUAUUUACAUAGAAGUUAAGAGUACUGGGAUUGUCAUGAGGAUAACUUAUUAACUGUUCAUUUCUGUAUUUUCUUUCAGCGUUGGUUAACAAAGGGAACUGUUUGUUUGCCAAUGGGGAAUAUGAGAAAGCACGAGAAUAUUACCAGGAGGCUUACAAUGUAGAGGCUUCUUGUACUGAAGCUCUGUUUAAUUUAGGUGUGUCUUGAAUGAUUCAUUCAUUUGGUAAAUUAAUGAGUCAGUUGGUUAACCAGUUAAGCAGGCAGGUGGUCACUCAGUUAAUUUGUUUGACAGACAGAUGGACAUACCAAUGGACAGACAGACGGUCAGUUAGUCACUUAACUGGUGAUGAGGCAAUCCAUCUGUCUGAUGGCCUAAUUAACCACAUUCCUGCACCUACUCUUGAACACCAAACAAAUCAAAUUUGUUAUUCAUAAAUACAACAAAUCUCAAUUAUGGGCAUUUUGAAGGAGAACUCUGAGAACUAUUUUCUCAUUUGAUGUUACAUAUUUUUUUUACCUGCUAAAUGAACAGGUCUUGCAGAGAAAAAGUUGAACAGACUGGGUGUUGCUCUGGACUGUUUUUACAAGCUGCAGGCCAUACUUAAAAAUCAUCCUCAAGUUCUUUAUCAAAUUGCAAGCAUGUAUCCUUUCUUAAUCAAUAAUCAAAUGAAAUGUGACCAAUAUUCUAUUUUUUAUGCUACAAAUUGUAUCUUGUAUGCUCACUUUUUAAUUGGCUUCAUGUUGUAUUACAGAGGUGACAAUAACUCACUUGAUAACAUGCUUAUACACUUCUAUAUUCCAUUUAGGGAAAGAAAGUUUCCUUGUUAAUGAUAUUAUGGAAGAUUUUUCUAACUUGAUUUUGAUGUAAUAAGAAACUGUAAAAACACAGUAGUGCACAAGUUUUUUUGCCAAAAGCAAAAGAGUAAAAAGACCAAGCACUCUAUGGAAAAAUACUUAUUUAAAGGUGAUGAAAGUGUGGUAGAAAGGACAAACCAUAAACCUGGUGUAUCCAUGGAUCAUUUAAACUUGUUUAUAUUUCUGUUUCAUAUCUCAUGAACAAAUUAAUGACAUCAUAGCUUUGAUUUCCUUGACAUUGGCUCAGACAUGAAAUGUUAGAAGACAAAUCUCAAGCCAUUGAGUGGUGAGUCCAAGUGGCAUGUGCAGAAUGUUUAUCUUAUUGCUACUACUAAAUUUCAUGGGCACUUCAUUGUGCAAAAAUAUAAGAAUCAUAGUUUGCAGGUUCCUAUUUUAUAUUGUACUAUUUCAUGUUUUGGCAGAAAAUUCUGGUAGUAGAGCUUUGAUGUUGAAAUCUACCAUUCACAAUAGCUAACUGUCACAUGCAGUAGUUGCUUGGUUGUCAGAAAUUAAACAAGAUGGGGGACUGUGAUUUUGUGAAAUAUAAUGUUAAGUCCAGAAAAAUAAGCUAUAUUCAUAAGGUGGAGGUGCUUAAAAUUUCAGGGGAAUUUAAAUUAUACAGCAGUAAUAAUUGUACUAUUUAUAACAACUAGGAAGAGUGGUGGUUCUUUGUGUGGUGAUGCUCACCUCUCACAACAAACAUUAAAUACCGGUAUUUCUCUUUUAUUAAAGGUACAUGCAGCUUGUCUCUGUUGUGCCUACUGACCCAUCAGUCCUGUCCAAGCUAGGUGAACUGUAUGACAGUGAACAAGACAAGUCACAAGCAUUCCAAUAUCACUUUGAGGUUAGAAUUUUGAAAAUGUAAUUUACCUUCACUUAUCUUUUGGUGGUGACAUUACUUCAGUUUUUCCAUCCUGUCCUUUCUCUUUCUUUCUCUGUUUUCCUCCUCCAUAUUUUCUUCUGGCUGGUUUUCUGUCUUGACCAUAUGAAAGACUUCUGCAAAAAAUGCAUGUCUCAUUUUCAUCAAUUUCACUCAGCUUCCAAAUCCCUUAAAAAGAACAAGACAGAGUGAUGAUUUCCUUUUUUUUAUCAAUUCAACAUUUGAAUGUAAAGCCAAUUUAAAACUGAUCUUAAAAUGUUCUUUUUCUUAGUCAUACAGAUAUUUUCCAUCAAAUAUUGAUAUUAUUUCAUGGCUUGGAGCUUACUACAUAGACUCUCAGUUUUGUGAAAAGGCAAUACAUUACUUUGAAAAAGCAGCAGUCAUACAGUAAGUUGGUUCUGUUCUGUGUUCAGUAUGUGAAAUAACAAAAGUGACAUUGAUACCAGGAGCUCUACCUUCUCAUGAAGACUUGCUUAGUGUUGAGACAAUCCAUCCAGUGAAAGCUUUCUGUAAUUUUAAAUGACAAUUUUUUUGAAAUAGUGCCCCAGGACAAUGUGCUCAACCUCUCCAAUAUUUUCAAAGCCCCAAAUUAAAGGCCUUUUCUUUCCUUACCUGGUUUUAUUCACUUUUUCUCCAUUCAAAUGGCUUCUUGCUGAGCAAGAUUCCUCUACCAUUGUAAGUUGUACUCUUUCUGACCACAAUCUAUCCAUAGGUAAACAGCACCUAAUCAAGCUAACUGUAGUACAGAACACUUCCCUUAAGUUUUUGUCCCAGUAUGUGACUCUUGUCAUCCUAGAUUUGGAUGAGCAUCAAGUAUCAUAAAUGUUACAGCAAUUAUAGUAUAGUGUUGUGGAAAUGGAUGUAGGCUUUUGUGAACCACUGGGCUUGGUGAGACAACUGUUAACCAUAGCCAUUAUUGACAAAAUAAACAUCCUUUUUUAUGUAAUUUUAAAACAAUGUCAAAUGUCGUCUUCAGGCCAAAUGAAGUCAAGUGGCAGCUUAUGAUAGCAAGUUGUUAUAGGAGAAGUGGUAGGUAGUUGAAAUGUGAAAAUGCUGUCUUUGUUUAAGUGAAUCAAUUUUUUGUUUUUAUGCUGUAUGUGGUUACAGGGUAGUGGAGCUGUGGGAUCUGUGGCAUACGAAAUGCAUUCCCCUAACGUAAACUCACCCUAAGGCAUAUUUUCUUGGAGAACAUGCUGCAAGAUGCCAGAGAAGCUCCCACUGCUUCCACAUAUUAUGCUGACACACCAUGUAUAAUUUUCCUGCGCUAAGCGCCUUGGGAUAUAUAACUGUCUGAUAUGGAGUUAAAAAACAGUUAGGAAUUUUUAUCAAAUCUGGUGAACAAAAUUAUUGAAUAUGUUGGUUUCUAAAUUGUUUGUUACCCUGUUGUAUUAGAAUUUUUUGUGAGUUACUGUUUUUCAUUAGGACAUACAGGUUUUCCAAAUCCAGUAUGCUUUCCCUUUUUGUACAAAGUCCUUCUUUUUACCAUGACAUAUAAGCAAAGAAACUGUACUUUUAUUGUUACAGGUAAUUAUCAACAGGCUUUGGAAACAUACAAAACCAUACAUAAAAGGUUUCCAGAAAAUGUGGAAUGUAAGUACUUUUUACCAAAACUACAUGGGUUAAAAAACACAACAGCCUGUGCUCUAGCAGAGCUUGAGUGUCACAGGUUACUAACUAUUGUCCUUGGGUGAUUCAUAUAACUUUCCUUCUGCGUAAGUUCUCAAAGCUAGGCACUUAAGAUUCCUGAGACCAGAGCCAUAAGGUGUUUGGUUAUUCCUCUGAGAGUGUGGUGUUUUAUAACAAAUUUAUUUCCCUAUUUCAUGUGAAGAUGUUACUUUCCAUUUAGAUGAAUUUGUUACAAAGUGGUUACUCCCAAACUCCUUGCUUACCUGAAAUCUCAACACAAAACAAGUUUAAAUUUAAAUUGAGUGAAAAGACAAUCUUCUCCAAGAAGUUUUAUUGAUACCACAUAAAUGGUUCACUUUUGAUGGUCUCCUUGAGAGUAUUAAAUGAGUAGAAUUCAGACUAUUGUAUUACCUCGAUUUUUGUCCUAACUGAUGUGUUAUAGGACAGCCUUCUAUAAGAUUUGAAGUUUGUUCUUUGAUUUCUUUCCUGGGAAUUUAUUGUUCUGGACACUAAGGAUUACUGUGCUAUCAUUGAUGUAGUUGGACCAAAAUCAAGUCUUCUCAGUAAUAGUGCUCUAGCAGCUUACUUUGUUAAUGCCUGUUUAUUUUAAAGGUCUUAAAUUCUUGGUGAGAAUUUGCACAGAUCUUGGUUUAAAAGAUGUUCAAGACUAUGCUCAAAAACUGAAGAAAGCAGAAAAAGCCAGAGAGAUGAAGCAACAGGUAACCAAGAAAUUUUGAUUGACUCUUCAUCUACUUUAAGUCUAGCUCUCUGAUAAAUACUACUAUAUGUCACGAUAAUCUUUUUAUUUUGUCAAAAAGUUUCUAUAAUGCUAUUCACAAUAAGAAUUAUGGUCAAAAAUGAAAAACUUUGAUCAGUUAUAAGUUUGGUUAUUCUCAUUACCUGUUUGCUGGAUAAUGAAUGGAUAUUAUAGGGAGAAGUUGCAUUGGAGUUAAAGAGUUAAGUCUAGCUCUCUGAUACUACUAAUAUGUCAGGAUAAUCUUUUUAUUUUGUCAAAAAAUUUCUGUAAUGCUAUUCACAACAAGAAUUCUUGUCAAAAAAUGAGCCAAACUCUUCGAUCAGUCAUCAGUGUUGAACUUGUUUAUUUGUUCAAUAAAUGGUGUUCCUUCUACUAUUUCCACUAUUGUCAUGUUGUGUAAUGAAGGGGUGGCAAAUUGAAAGAUGUAAGUUAUGAAUGAUACCUGCACCUGAAACUUCAAUGUGCCUUGGAAAAAAGUGUGUGGACAAUACCUAAACUUAUUUUAGAAAAAAGUAUGAAUUAGAGGUUCUAGAGAUUUUACAAAGGACAUCAGUUCUGUUAGAGCUGUCCUCUGGGAAAAAAGCAUUCCUUUCUAUACUCCUCUAUGUGAUUCUGAGAACCCCAGAAGGAGAGACACUUAGCAAGAAUGUUUGUGGAGGGGAACAUAACUCAGACAUUACACUAUCCUCUUUCUGCAGCGUUCCAACAGUGGAUCUAGAAAAGGAAGUGGGCGAGCUGGAAGUGCUAACAUGCCUGGUUCUGGUGGUUCACGCAAUAACAGUGCAGGGAGUGGUAAGUGCAAUUUUGAACAUCACAUGUUGACAGUGCUAACAUCUACAGUAUGCAGGUUGUAUAUCAAAUUAUAUCCAGUAAAUCAGACUGCAUAACAUGGAGAUAGUCACACAACAAUUAGGUUUGGGGAGAGAGCUUCUUGUACAGCCUCUCCUCUCAAUCUUCGUCAAGAAAGAAGCUAGCUAGUUUGGGACCCCUUACAAGAAACAGCUACUGACACAUGAGGAAAAUAUCUAAAACAGCAAAGAGGAAAUUCACCUAAACCCUGAAUUUAUGCAGAUAUUUUUUAAAAAUCUCCCCUUUUGCUUUAAUUUAUCUGCUUGCAAACUUGUGAAGAAAAUUGUGUGUUUUGUCAAUAACAUUCAACAGACACUUUCUUUUGUCUAUUCCCACCACCCUUUUGUUGUAUAAUGCAUAGAACUUUUGGGGAGAAAAUGUAUGUCAAUUGUAUCAGGGAUUUAAAGGCUUUAUCUUAUUGGUACUUUAUGUAGAGUCAGGACGAGUUGACAGUGGAGGAUCAGACAGGAGGAGAAGUGCCAACCGCUCUGCUGGACGAACAAAACCAUUCAUUCCAGAUAAUGAUGACUCAUUUAGUUUUAGUGGAUCAAAAGAAGUUGGUGAGUUGAUAGAGAAUUAUUCCUUGGGUCAGGUUGUUAAUACCACAGUUUUUACAAUCCAGGGUUAGUAUCAAUUUAGUUUAAUUUGUAGCUUUGGAGACACUCCAUCUAUUUGUACGACUAAAAAACACAUUUCUUUCUUCAGUCACUACUUUGAGGCUAGGCACAUGCUGUAAAUAUCCACAAUUGUUCACCUCGACUUCAGUGAAUAAUUUUUAUUUGGUUGACUCAGACUCCCUGGUCAUAAUCUUAAAUAGGUGAACUGGUGAUUUGAACAGACAAUUUUAUCAGUAAGAUGGUCUUUCCAUGAUGUAACAACAAAAUCUCUUUGCUUAUGUACUGAGAGCACAUAACAGAUUGAAGAGAGAAUUACCAACAGACAUUUAGAGUUAAAGGCCUAACCCAAGUAGUGCAUGUGGGUGAAACUCUUUGGGAAAUGUUUGGUACACUUCAUUGCAUUAUGCACUGAUUAAAAGGAAUGCUUGGUAGUAGGUUAUGAAGUUUUGAGUUACCUAGUUCACAAAGUAGCUUCUUUCUAAUAAUUAACUGUUUAAACAUCCUGUUUUGUAGAUGCCACUUAUGCAGAUCCUCUUGGAGAAGCUCCAGCAAGGCCAAAGACUGCUGGCAGGCAAAGGCCACAGCAAGUUGAGGAUGAAUUUGGGGAUGAAGAGAUUGGAGAUGACCUUCUUCCUGACUAGAAAAAGGAGCCUUAAUUUAACACUCAUGACUGCCCUAGAAAUAUAAUCCUCCCACGUCUGAUGAAAGUUCUAGUUUAACUUAUUUCCUUUGAACAAUUGGUCAUGACAUCAAGUUAGCAUGCAUAGAGACAGUGCCUUAACAUGAAAGCAAACAAGCAGCCCAUUAAAGUGAUUCCAUGUCAGCCCAGCUAAAGAAAUUCUCUAUUGAAAAUGUGCUCUUCAUACAUAUACCAGGGGUUUCAAGAAGCCUUUUUCAAUUCCUAAAAAUUCUCACUAUCAUAUUGAAGUCAGGUGCACAAAAUUAUUUUUUUGUAAAUGUGGGUUUUCAUUUUACAUUUCAUUAUGAAAUACAGGCUUAUGUAUCUAAGAAAUGACCCAUUUUAAUCAGAUUUGUAAGGGAAAAGGUUUCAUCCUAUACAUAGGCUUAAACCAGGAAAGGUUUAUAAUGUUCACCAUCUGACUUUAACCCUAUAGCCCCUAAGAGUGACUAGCAUCUUAUUUCUCCUAAGUAUAUCACCCCUGAACCAAACAUGAAAGUAAUGAGAGUUGAAGAGAUGAUCACCAACUAGAGUAGCUCUCGACUGCUAUACAAAUUCUCCUUGUCAGCCCCUUUGGAAAUGUAUGGAGAACAGUAUGGAGAAUAUGCAUACUGAUGUUAGGGGGUAAAGGGGGGUUAUCUUUUCCACAUGGCAUUUUUAAAGGGCUGGAAGGUUGACAUGAUUUACUUACAUAAACAAGUCAUAAGGGAGAGCACUGUACAGAACUGUUCAAAAUAAUACUCAAGUACCCUUUAAAUUAUUUGUAAAAUACUAUUGUAAUUAAAAAAAAGGAGAGAGU